AUGUCCGGCGGACCAGAGCCGGACACACCGGAUCCUUCAAGCCCCUUGCGACGCGAAAGGGCCCCGACGAUUACAAUUGACACGUCCGCAGUUAACGCCUCGCAAAGCUCCCCAGACCCGCGGGCAUCUAUUGAAGAUCAGAGGGGAGCUUCAGGUGACAGCGGGCCAAACUCGAGGUCACAGGCUACCGGACAGCUGAACCCGUCCAACUCACCGCCCGAAUUGCAUCCAAGCCCGUCGCCCGAUGGAAAAGAGUAUCGUGAGAGCCGGCCAACUUCGCCCCAUAAUGUUUCCUCGCCAACCUCGAAACAGGCCGAACCCAGCCAUUCGAACUUCUUGGCUGUGCCUGGAGCGCGGUCAAGAGGCAACUCUUUUGACUCUGAAGAUGCCACGAAUUCUUGUGCGGGAGAUACCGUCGCUCCAUCCUCGACCUCCGCGACAGACACUCCUGGCCAAAGAGAAUCCCCUAUCGCAGAGGAUAUAACUAAUGUUAAAGAUGCACUGACGCCGGAUCCCGGCACUGAAGCUGAUUUCGAGGUACAAAACAACAAAUUUGCUUUCUCGCCAGGUCAAUUGAACAAGAUGCUGAACCCGAAAAACCUGACCGCUUUUUACGCUCUUGGGGGACUCGCUGGAAUCGAAAAGGGUUUGAGAACCAACCGCAAUACUGGUCUUAGUGUCGACGAAAGUGUACUAGACGGAGCGGUCAGCUUUGAAGAGGCAACCCAGCAGAAUGGUUCAUCGAAGGCGUUUUCCGCGCCGCCACCGAGGAUCGAUACAGCGCAUGCGGAAUCUAUAAGCAAAAGUAACGACGCCUUUGUUGACCGAAAACGCGUUUUCAGCGAUAACCGACUACCGGCCAGGAAAACGAAGUCAAUAUGGGAACUGGCAUGGAUCGCAUAUAACGAUAAGGUUUUGAUCCUACUUUCCGUCGCUGCAGUCAUAUCUCUUGCGUUGGGUAUCUACGAGGCCCUCACAGCCAAGCCUGGGGAGCCAAGGGUUCAAUGGGUGGAAGGAGUUGCGAUUAUGGUCGCUAUCUUGGUGGUGGUGGUCGUUGGUGCUUUAAACGACUGGAAAAAGGAGCAACAGUUUGUGAAACUCAACAAGAAAAAAGAGGACAGGAAAGUCAAAAUCAUACGCUCCGGAAAGUCUAUUGAGAUAUCAGUUUACGAUGUUUUAGCUGGUGACGUGAUGCACCUGGAGCCUGGUGAUAUGGUUCCCGUUGAUGGUAUCUUUAUUGAAGGCCAUAAUGUAAAAUGCGACGAAUCCUCAGCUACCGGUGAAUCAGAUCUUUUGCGAAAGAUCCCUGGAGACGAAGUCUAUCGGGCAAUUGAAAAUCACGAGCCCCUUAAAAAGCUGGACCCAUUCAUCCUCUCUGGUUCUAAAAUCGCGGAAGGAGUCGGAACGUUCCUUGUUACAGCAACCGGUGUGAAUUCAUCCCACGGGAAGACACUACUCUCAUUGCAAGAAGAAGGCCAGACGACUCCGUUGCAGUCGAAGCUCAAUGUGCUGGCAGAAUACAUCGCUAAGCUGGGCCUCGCUGCCGGUUUACUGCUGUUUGUGGUACUCUUCAUCAAGUUCUUGGUACAUCUGAAAGACAUCGAAGGUGGUUCAACAGAAAAGGGCCAAGCUUUCCUUCAAAUUUUCAUCGUUGCGGUCACUGUUAUCGUCGUUGCUGUGCCUGAAGGCUUGCCACUUGCAGUUACCCUGGCUCUUGCAUUCGCAACAACUCGAAUGUUGAAGGAUAACAACCUGGUCAGAUUGUUGAGAGCUUGUGAAACUAUGGGAAAUGCAACAACCAUUUGUUCCGACAAGACCGGCACACUUACACAAAACAAGAUGACGGUCGUUGCUGGGACUUUUGGGACAGCUUCUAGAUUUGGUGACAACGCUGCUACUGCAUCUAUCGAUGAUGAUGAAUCGGAAAAUAACCAGAGCACCCCGAGUGCAAGCGAAAUCCCCCCGGGUGAAUGUGUGAAUGCUCUAUCGUCGAACGUGAAGGAGGCUUUGAAACAAAGCAUCGCGCUUAACUCGACAGCUUUUGAGACAGAGGAACAGGGAACAAUCGACUUUGUUGGUUCCAAGACGGAAACGGCAUUACUCGGUUUCGCGCGCGAUUUUCUGGCAUUGGGCUCUUUAAAUGAAGAACGGUCCAAUUCUGAGGUCGUGCAAGUUGUUCCUUUUGAUUCCGGCAGAAAGUGCAUGGCAACAGUUCUCAAACUAUCGAACGGAAAAUACAGAAUGCUUGUCAAAGGCGCUUCUGAGAUCCUGAUCUCAAAGUGUACCAAGAUUAUUCGAGAUCCUACCGCCGACCUUUCUGAUAUUCCUCUUACAGAAAAGCACCGUGCAACUUUAAACAAUAUUGUCAUGCAUUACGCUUCCCAAUCUUUACGCACUAUCGGGUUGAUUUAUCAAGAUUACGAGCAGUGGCCACCUCGCGGAGUGCCUACCCAAGAAGAUGACCGCCGACUUGCGUCUUUUGAUGCCCUCUUCAAGGACCUUAUCUUUUUGGGCGUUGUCGGUAUCCAGGACCCUCUGCGACCGGGUGUAGCUGAUUCCGUCCGUCAGUGUCAGAAAGCUGGUGUCUUCGUACGGAUGGUCACUGGUGACAACAUCAUGACUGCAAAGGCCAUUGCUGAGUCCUGUGGGAUUUUUACCCCUGGUGGAAUUGCAAUGGAGGGUCCCAAGUUCCGAAAACUAAGUUCAUAUCAGAUGAACCAGAUCAUCCCAAGAUUGCAAGUUCUUGCACGAUCUAGUCCAGAAGAUAAAAGGAUUUUGGUAGCUCAACUUCAAAAGCUUGGCGAGACGGUUGCAGUGACUGGCGACGGAACUAACGACGCACCUGCUUUGAAAGGGGCAGAUGUUGGGUUUUCAAUGGGUAUUGCUGGUACCGAGGUUGCAAAAGAAGCGUCAGCCAUCAUUCUUAUGGAUGAUAAUUUCAAUUCGAUUGUCAAGGCAAUGGCUUGGGGUCGUGCUGUUAAUGAUGCUGUCAAAAAGUUCUUGCAAUUCCAAAUUACUGUCAACGUAACGGCAGUGUUCUUGACUUUCAUUUCGGCGGUUGCCAGCGAUGAAGAAAAGUCGGUGCUUACUGCCGUUCAACUUCUCUGGGUCAAUCUCAUUAUGGACACCUUUGCCGCAUUGGCACUGGGAAAGAGCAUUCUGAAUUACGGUCCUAGUGAGCAGGAUGAGAAAGAAUUCCGCGCUAUGGUUUUUAACACAUUCGUUUGGAUGCAGAUUUUCAAUCAAUACAACGCCCGGCGUAUUGACAAUCGCUUCAAUAUUUUUGAAGGAUUGCUGCGAAACAAGUGGUUCAUUGCGAUCCAAUUUAUCAUUACCGGGGGUCAGGUCCUGAUCAUUUUUGUGGGAGGUCAGGCCUUUUCGGUUGUUCCCCUUAAUGGAAGGGAAUGGGGUAUUUCCAUAAUCCUCGGUCUCAUAUCGCUCCCGGUUGCAGUGAUCAUCCGCCUAAUACCGGACGAGUUCCUCCACAAGUUGGUGCCACGCUUUUGGACUCGAAAACCGCGUGGUCCUCAAGUGUUUGUAUCGGACGAGGACCAACGAUACGAAUGGAACCCAGCUUUGGAGGAGAUUCGAGAUCAGUUACAGUUCUUGAAAACCAUCCGAGGUGGCAGGUUGAAUCACUUGAAGUAUAAGCUUCAACACCCACAAACGUUACUUCCUCGGUCACGCAACGGCUCAAGGUCUCAGGAAUUCUCUGUUCCCCAGACUCCGCAGGGCGAGAAUGAACCUGAGCUGAAUGGUAAUGCCCCGGCAACGCCAGACUCGCGCAUGAGGAGCCGUGGCCGAUCGAGAUCCAACUCUGCGUUUGGUCCUGCGGCUGCCAUGGCAGGUAUUGUCGCGGGAAGCAUUGCAGGCUGGUCUCCAGUCGAGCGAGGCACAGGUGAAAACGACUCGAUCAAAUUCUCGAGGACCGGCCCUGGGGCUCUGGAUCAGCAGGAGGGUAUUGAAAUCCAUCCCAACACCCGGGACGAUGAUCCUGUAGUGAGCGAUUAUUCACCGGCGAGCAAGGUGCCUCCUAGCCAAAAUCCCGACCUGGUUCCUGAGUUCUUGCACGACUCGUCGUCCAAUACUGGCCAUCAGUCGCGGCGGUCAACUUCUCGCCAUUCGACCUCGAGACACUCAGCGGCGUCUUCAGCGAAACCGCAUCCUAAGACUUGA